AUGGGUAGAAGAAGAAAUAAUAAUGGUGGAAAGAAGAAAAUCUUCGGCACUCGUGAUGAUUCAAGAUCUCAAAACAAUUGGUCUGAAUUAGUAAGAGAAAAUGCUAAAUGGGAAACUUAUUAUAAGAAAUUAGCUUUAUUCCCCGAAGAUCAAUGGGAUGAAUUUAAGAAAUCUUGUCAAACUCCUUUACCUCUAACUUUUAGAGUGACUGGUUCAAGAAAACAUGCCCAGGAAGUCUUAAGCCUAUUUGAAAAAAAUCAUUUACCAAACUUAACUGAUGUUGUUUACGAAGGUGAAAAGAUUAAAAAUCCAAUCCAAUUGCCAUGGUAUCCAAAUCACUUUGCUUGGCAAUUAGAUGUUCCAAAAACUGUGAUUAGAAAACAAGAACAGUUCGCCAAAAUGCAAAGAUUUCUAGUCGUUGAAAAUGCUGUUGGUAAUAUUUCAAGGCAAGAAGCAGUAUCCAUGAUUCCGCCUUUAGUUCUUGAAGUUAAACCACAUCAUACUGUUCUUGAUAUGUGUGCUGCUCCAGGUUCUAAAACUGCCCAAAUGAUCGAAGCUUUACAUAUGGAAAAUGCUGAGCCAACUGGGUUCGUUGUUGCUAAUGAUUCAGAUUACAGGAGAUCUCAUAUGUUGGUUCAUCAAUUGAAAAGAUUGAAUAGUGCUAAUAUGAUGGUUGUUAACCACGAUGCUCAAUUCUUCCCUCGUAUUAAAUUAUCAGUAGGAGAUAAUAAGGCAAAAGAUGCAUUAAAGUUUGAUAGAAUUUUAUGUGAUGUUCCAUGCUCAGGUGAUGGUACCAUGAGAAAAAAUGUCAAUGUUUGGAAAGAUUGGAAUACACAAGCCGGUUUAGGCCUACAUACCAUUCAAUACAAUAUUUUAAAUAGAGGUUUACACCUGUUAAAGACUGGUGGUAGAUUAGUAUAUUCUACUUGUUCCUUAAACCCAAUUGAAAAUGAAGCUGUUGUUGCAAGGGCUUUAAGAACUUGGGGUUCUAAGAUUAAAAUUAUCAAUUGUGAUGACAAAUUACCAGGCUUGAUAAGAUCUAAUGGUGUCACCCAAUGGCCUGUUUUUGAUAGAAACAUGGAAUCUAAGAAUAAAGGCGAUGAAGGCACUCUUGAAAGUUGGUUCCCACCAACUGAUGAAGAAGUUACUGCUUUCAACUUACAAAAUUGUAUGAGAGUGUAUCCACAUCAACAAAAUACUGGUGGGUUUUUCAUUACAGUUAUAGAGAAGGUUGAAGAAAAUCUUGAAUCUGGCGAACCUCAGCCUAAAAAAGCUAAAAUAGCGUCCAGUUCCUCUGAAUCUAACUCAGAUGCUACUCCAGCACCAAAGCCAACAUCCGUUGAACCAAAAAAAGAAAAAUUACCUCGUGAUGCUAAUGAAGAACCAUUCGUUUUCAUCGAUCCACAUCACAAAGCCCUACAAAAUGUUUGGUCUUUCUAUGGUAUUGAUGAUAAAUUUGAUAAAGAAGCCUGCUUAGUUCGUAAUGCUACUGGGGAGCCUACUAGAGUUGUUUAUACUGUUGCCCCAGCUCUAAAGGAAAUUAUCAAAGCAAAUGAAGAUAGAUUAAAGAUUGUAUAUUCUGGUGUUAGGCUAUUUGUCGCUCAAAGAAGUGAUAUUGAAUGUUCUUGGAGAAUCCAAAGUGAAGCUUUACCAAUAAUGAAACACCACAUGAAAUCAGAAAGAAUUGUUGAAGGUUCUCUGGAGUUAUUGAAAGUAUUAUUAACAGAAUCUUUCCCAAGCUUUGAACUACUUGAAAAAACUAGCGGUGACUUAGAAUACAUUACUAAGAUGAAAAAGCUAAGUGCCGGUUGUGCUUUUGUUGAAGUUAAGCGUGAAGAUUCUGAUAAAGAAUCAUUGUUUUUACCAAUCUGGAAUGGAACUAAAUGUGUCAACUUAAUGGUUUCUAAGGAAGAUGGUCAUGAAUUAUUAUAUAGAGUGUACGGCAUUGAAACAUCUUCUAAAGAUAACUCUAAGGUUCAAAAGAAACAGGAAUCUACCAAACCAGAAGCUUCAGAAACCCCAAUAACUACUGAUUCUGCUGCAGAUGAGCCAGCUACCUAA